CGUCGAAAACACAUCGUCCAUAAAAAUUCAAAUCAAAUUCUGUUUUGUCUGUUUAGAGAGGGAGAUAAAAACACAAACGCCGUUCAAUUCCUCUCCUCCCAUUUCCUUUCCUCAAGAAAUAAAAACUAUUGGCUCUUCCUUCCUUCCCCUUCCGUCACCCUCCAUUUUCCCGGGAAUUUCAUCUCGUACCGAAAUUUCCCGGGAAUCCAUUCCUUCUCCUCAUCCUCCCUACAAUGAGGACGAGUCAAGGUGUAGGAUCUCCGUCCAGGAGAAGCAUGACAAUGUCCAGCGUCAGCUCCCCGUCCUACGCCAGAAGGAGGUCUUUAGCGGCGUCCGACGCCUUCGGAGACUCCGCCUCCCGGAAGUCUCUUUCCUCGUCGCGCUCCAUGGGACUGACUGGAGAGAGGACAGUGAAGCGAUUGCGGUUGUCAAAAGCUCUUACAGUACCUGAAACGACAACUAUACAUGAGGCUUGCCGCCGUAUGGCUGCUCGGAGAGUUGAUGCUUUAUUGUUGACUGACUCAAAUGCAUUACUAUGUGGGAUCAUGACAGAUAAGGAUAUUGCAACAAGAGUAAUUGCUCGUGAAAUUAAUAUUCAAGAAACACCGGUUUCUAAGGUUAUGACAAGAAAUCCGGUCUUUGUGCUUUCUGACACUCUUGCUGUUGAAGCUCUGCAGAAAAUGGUCCAAGGAAAAUUUAGACAUUUGCCUGUUGUGGAAAAUGGGGAGGUCAUUGCUUUGCUUGAUAUAGCAAAAUGUCUGUACGAUGCUAUUGCUCGCUUGGAAAGGGCAGUUGAGAAGGGAAAGGCUAUAGCAGCUGCUGUUGAGGGUGUUGAAAAGCACUGGGGUGCGUCUCUUUAUGGCUCCAAUACAUUUAUUGAAACAAUUAGAGAGCGGAUGUUCAGACCCUCGUUGUCUACAAUUAUUCCUGAGAAUUCAAAGAUUGUCACAGUUCAACCAAGUGAUACUGUUCUAUUUGCAUCAAAGAGAAUGCUUGAUUCUCGCACAAACUCUGCAAUUGUAACAGUUGAGAACAAACCAUGUGGAAUUAUUACUUCAAAAGACAUCUUGAUGCGAGUCAUAGCACAAGAUCUUUCCCCUGAGUCAACUCUAGUGGAUAAGGCCAUGACCCCUAAUCCAGAAUGUGCAAGUGUUGAAACACCUAUUUUGGAUGCUUUACAUAGGAUGCAUGACGGAAAAUUCUUACACCUGCCUAUUUCUGAUAAAGAUGGAGUGGUCGUUGCUGUUGUUGAUGUACUACAUAUCACUCGUGCUGCUAUUUCCACACAGGUAGGAAAUACUGCUGGAGUUAAUGAAGAAACUGCAAACACUAUGAUGCAAAAGUUUUGGGAUUCUGCUAUGGCAAUAAGUCAUCACGAUGAUGAAGAGAUGCAUAGCGAAGCUUCAUUGAAAUUGGCCUCCGAAGGGCAAGAGACAGGAAUAUCACUUCCAUUUCCUUCGUCAACCCUGCAAAAUACUUUUUCUUUUAAGAUUGAAGACAGAAAGGGAAGGAUGCAUAGGUUCACUAGUGAUACUAGAAACAUGACUGAUCUCAUUACCGCAAUCCUUCAAAGAUUGGGAGGUGACAUUAACUGGAACAAUCUUCCUCAGAUUCUGUACGAAGAUGAAGACCACGACCAGGUUGUACUUGCAUCAGACAGUGAUCUCAUCACGGCUGUUGAGCACGCAAGGUCUGCCGGUUGGAAGGGACUAAGGUUGCACCUAGAUUAUUCAAGAACGCCACAUCUUAGGCGCGGUUCUGGCUCAAGUACCAUAGAAUAUGCUCAGACAGAUGCAUGGGCUGCAGCCUACAGCGCUGUGGCCACUGGUGCUGCACUAAUGGCUGCUCUAGGCAUAUUAGCAUUCUUGAGAAGAAACAAUAACUGAUAAUUUUCUUGGCAGACCGGUGGACUUUAGCCGGUAGCGGCUCUCAGGUGCUUGGCCGCAUGGUACUUUGAUGAACCAAUUCGUACUGGAAUGAUCAGCUGUUGUAUAUAAAUUUGUAUAUAUGGCUCCGAGUUUGGAAAGGAGUUUGCAAUUCUCGUUUCUUCUAAUCAUUUUUUUAAAAAAUUAUAUUGUCUCUAUA